AACGAGGGGGGCCUGGCUUAAGCGCAGUUCGGAGAAUUUGCUUCUUCCUCUUUCAAUUGCUCAAGUUUAAGCCAUCGUCCUGUUUAAAGUGUUCAAGUUCUAUACAGUCGCAGACUUAAUGGAUUUAAAAUGAUGCGAACCAACCCCAAAUCCAACCUUUUCAUCGGAGCGCUUCUUGUCGUCAUUUUGUUUAUCAUCUAUGUUUACUUCAAACCAAACAUCACAGGUUUUAGCUUGUGUGAUCCCAGCUCUGAUCAAGGUGUGAAGUCCAUAGAGGAGACUACAAUAAAGUACGACAAUUGCCCAAAGAAAGACAGCUGGAGCAUUGGAGAUCUGACCAUCCCAUCUGGAAAUUAUGCUCAGCCAAGCACGAUGAAAGGACGCACUGAUGUGAACUCUGUGACUAACUGGAAUGCUCCUCUGGUUUGGGAAGGAACCUUUGAUCCAGCAGUUAUUGAUGCAAUUUACAUAAAAAAGAACCCAAGAAUUGCUGUGUUAGUCUUUGCUGUUGGCAAGUACACCAGUUUUAUAAAGGGCUUCGUUGAGUCAGGGGAAAAGCACUUUUUCGUUGGAUUCAGGGUCACUUACUAUAUCUUUACAGACAACAAAAAAGAAGUUCCUCAGAUGAUUCAGGUUAAGCUUGGUCCAGGCCGCAAUAUAUCCAUUCUUUCUGUCCCGAGUGCCCAACACUGGCAGGAAGUCGUACUCGGCAGAAUGAAAUGGGCCACUUUCGCCAUUGAAAAACAGAUCCGUAAUGAAGCAGAUUAUCUUUUCAUGAUGGACAUUGACAGUGUUUUCCACGGCCGUUUUGGAGCAGAGUCUCUUAGUCAACUGACUGCUGUACUUCACCGUGGCUACUACAAGACCACACAUAGGGACAGUUUUCCCUAUGAGCGACGGUCAAAAUCCAAGGCUUACAUCCCUGCUGGUGAAGGAGACUACUAUUACACUGCAGCUGUGUGGGGAGGAUACCUGGAAGACAUGUACAGACUUGUCAAAUACUGCUUUGAGCAAUCAAAAGAAGAUGACAAGAACAACAUUCAAGCUGUGUGGCAGGAGGAGAGUCAUCUAAACAGGUUCCUGUUUUACAACAAACCAACCAAGGUUCUAUCUCCAGAAUAUCUGUGGUCUGACUAUGAUGCGGUAUCAGCAGACAUUAAAGUCGUCAGGAUCUCGCAGUUGGUCAAGGACUAUACAAAAGUGCGGCCUAAUGGUGGAAACUGAGAUCACAUUGAUGAGUUUUGUUACAGCAUUCCUAUACUUUCUUUGAUCUGUGAAUUUACUUCUAGAGCAUGUAGAAUAAACUAUGACAUCGAUA